CAUUGGCUGCUCUGGUUUUCUUUUGUGGUGGCAGUUCGCAUCCGGUUCGUGAGGAGCCUGAGAUACACAAAAAAGCGGAGAAAGGAAUUUUUAAAGCUCGGAGACGGAAGCGGAAAUCCGUGUUUUUGUCUUUUAUACAUGAGUGUAAGAGUGAGAGCGGAGCUGAGAGAGUUUUAUUAUAAAUUGUGAGUGAGGAUUUUAGUGUGAGGACUGAGCGGAACCUGAGUGGAACCAUUUUAGUGUGAACUGAGCUAACAGGCUAAUGCUAGCUUAGUGUGUGUGUGUGUGUGUGUGUGUGUGUGUGUGUGUGUGUGUGUGUGAGUGUGAGUGAGUGAGAGAGAGAGAGAGAGAGCGAGAGUGAGAGAGAGAGGACUGUACCGGGGCAGUUUAUACCGGGUUAGUGUGUGUGUGUGUGUGUGUGUGUGUGUGUGUGUGUGUGUGUGGCGGUGAUGGCGAGCUCGGCCCUGUACGCCUGCACCAAGUGUAACCAGCGCUACCCGUUCGAGGAACUCUCUCAGGGACAGCAGCUCUGCAAGGAGUGUCGGAUUGCCCAUCCCAUGGUGAAGUGCACCUACUGUAGAACAGAGUUCCAACAAGAGAGCAAAACCAACACCAUUUGCAAGAAAUGUGCACAGAAUGUCAAACAGUUUGGAACACCGAAGCCGUGUCAGUACUGUAACAUCAUCGCAGCGUUCAUCGGGACAAAGUGUCAGCGCUGCACUAACUCGGAGAAGAAGUACGGUCCGCCCCAGACCUGUGAGCAGUGUAAACAGCAGUGUGCCUUCGACAGGAAGGAGGAGGGCCGGAGAAAGGUGGAUGGGAAGCUGCUGUGUUGGCUCUGCACACUCUCCUACCGUCGUGUUCUACAGAAAACUAAAGAACAGCGUAAAGGCCUCGGCUCGUCUCACUCCAACUCCUCAUCACUCAGCGACAAGGAGCACCCACCUCACACAAGUACACACUCACACACACAUACACACACACACACACACCAUCACCACCACCGCCACAGCACCUCACACAAGCUGAGUAGCAGUUUGAGUCCAGAGCAGGAGCAGCGACUGUGGGAACAGAGCCAUAAAUCAUCAUCCAUUCAGAAAGAAACACCAAAGAAGAAACCCAAACUGGAGCUGAAACCGUCCAACGGAGACAGUAGUUCUAUAGCUCAGUCAAUGGACUCGGGUGGGACAGAUAACUUCAUCCUGAUCAGUCAGCUGAAAGAGGAAGUGAUGUCACUGAAGAGGAUGCUGCAGCAGAGAGAGCAGACCAUCCUGGAGAAGGACAGAAAGCUGACUGAGCUGAAGGCUGAUUUUCAGUAUCAGGAGUCGAAUAUGCGGCUGAAGAUGAACAACAUGGAGAAAGCUCAUAAAGAGGCCAUGGAGCAACAACAGGCAAAAAACAGGGAGUUGAUGAAACAGGUUGCUGCUCUCUCUAAAGGAAAGAAGCUCGACCGCACCAGCAGCUCCCUUUUGUUACCAUGACGAUGACCUGUCACCCACACAUGCCCAUGUGUCAUCACUGUGAGGAAGCUGAGGCCGUAUGACUCUCAUCCACCCCCCCCCCCCCCCCCCCCCCCCCCCAAAAAAAAAAAAAACAUUACCUGCCUGCCUGUCUGUCUCUACAUCGGUAUCCACCUGUCUGUCCCCCCCCCCCCCUCUCUCCAUCAAUGCCCGUCUCCAGUCUGUCUGCUGUUUUCCUUGCUGUCUGUCUCUCCCACCACCCUUUGUUCUGACCCUGUUUGCUUUCUCUCUCUCUCCAUCUCUGGUUCUACUGUCACUCUCCUGAUGAUGUCACUGAUGUCACAUAUGCAGCCCCACCCCAGUCAUGUGACUCUGAGCUGAGGGGCUAUGCUAUGGACAAACAUGGCCACUGGGCACACCAGCCCUGCAGGAUGCGGGCACACCAGCCCUGCAGGAUGCGCGCACACACUCACGUCUGUGCAGAGAGUGACUGUACAGCUGUCUGUCUCUGCCUGUCUGCCUGCACACGGGUGGGCUUUUAAUCACAACAAUGAGGAUUUUAUUAUUCAGUGUGAAAGAGAAUUGUUAUUCAUAUUAUAGGAAUCUCUCUCUCUCUCUCUCUCUCUCUCUCUCUCUCUCUCUCUCUCUAUUAUAAGUCUUUGUACUGUGACACUUUUGUAUUUUUUAUUUUGUCCUCAACAGUGUGGACAUUUCAGGAAUAAUAAAUAUAAAACUCA